GACGUGGAUCCGACGUGGCGGGAGCUUCCGCCGUCGGAAGACCGACGGUCAGGGAAAGAUAUUUUUGCUGCCUACAGAUGGGGAGGUCAGAGCUGGAGAUGAAAGAGGCUUUAACAAUGGUGUCGCGAUUGGGCUACAGCUCCAGAUCUCUGGGUAUAUGUACGACACCUCCCGCUGUUUUCUUCUCAUCACUGUCCUCUACAUUGGCUUACUCUCUCAACAUCCCAAGAGCAGCUCAGAAGCCAUCUUCUCGUUCUGGUUCUAAUUGCAGGCUUUCUUGUUCUAAGCGAGCGUUCUCCUCGGUUUCGGAUUUCAAGGGGAGGGAGGUACGUCCCCCUCUUGAGAAGGCAAACAAAGAAGGCAACGCAGGAGGAGAAAGAGAAAAGGGAGAUAUUAUGACGAUCAAGCCGGCAGUUCGGAUUGCAGACCGUAAGCUGAUCGUGAAGGACAGGAUCAUCUUGACAGGGGUACCGGACAAUGUGAUCCAGAACUCGGGUUCUGACUCUGGUCCAGUGGAGGGUGUCUUCCUCGGGGCGGUCUUUGAUGAGGAGAACUGCCACCACGUUGUCCCCCUUGGGACCCUCCAGGAUGUCCGGUUCAUGGCAUGUUUCCGAUUCAAGCUCUGGUGGAUGGCCCAGAAGAUGGGCGACAAGGGGAGCGAGAUCCCCUUCGAGACCCAGUUCCUGUUGUUCGAGACCAAGGACGGGUCCCGCCUGGAAUCGGACAGUGGGAAUGAGGAGAACCAGAUCGUGUACACAGUCUUCCUUCCCCUGAUCGAGGGCUCGUUCAGGGCAUGCUUGCAAGGGAAUGAAAGAGACGAGCUUGAGCUCUGCCUCGAGAGCGGUGACUGCUACACCAAAGCGUCGUCGUUCACACACUCGGUCUUCAUCCACGCUGGGACCGAUCCAUUCGCAGCAAUACACAACGCGAUCAGGGCUGUCAAGCUCCAUCUGAAGACAUUCCGCCUGCGGCACGAGAAGAAGCUUCCCAGCAUUGUUGACUACUUUGGAUGGUGCACUUGGGACGCGUUCUAUCAGGAUGUGACCCACGAAGGGGUCGAGGCUGGCCUUGCCAGCUUAGCAGCCGGUGGGACUGCGCCAAAGUUCGUGAUAAUUGAUGAUGGAUGGCAGUCUGUGGGUGGCGACCCGGGGGAAGAGAAGCCGCUGCUCAGGCUGACAGGGAUCAAGGAGAAUGCAAAGUUCCAGAAUAAGGAUGAUCCCACAACAGGGAUUAAGAGUAUCGUCAAUAUUGCAAAGGAGAAGUACGGGCUGAAGUACGUGUAUGUUUGGCAUGCAAUCACCGGGUACUGGGGCGGGGUACGUCCUGGGCAGUAUGGUUCAUUGAUGAAGUACCCGAUGCUGUCGAAGGGUGUGAUCGAGUACGAGCCCGCCUUGAAGAACGAUCCGCUGGCUGUGCAGGGUCUGGGGCUGAUGAACCCGAAGGAGGUAUACAGGUUCUAUAACGAGCUGCACAGCUACUUGGCAAGCACGGGAAUCGACGGGGUGAAGGUGGACGAGCAGUGCAUCCUGGAGACUCUUGGUGGAGGGUUGGGCGGUCGGGUCGAGCUGACCCGUCAGUACCAUCAGGCACUGGACGCUUCUGUGGCCCAGAAUUUCCCUGACAAUGGCUGCAUUGCCUGCAUGAGCCAUAACACUGAUGCGCUCUACUGCUCCAAGCAGACUGCGGUGAUGAGAGCGUCCGAUGAUUUCUUCCCAAGGGACCCUGUCUCGCACACUAUCCACAUCGCAGCAGUGGCAUACAACAGUAUCUUCUUGGGUGAAAUCAUGCAGCCCGACUGGGACAUGUUCCAUUCUGUCCACCCUGCUGCAGAAUACCAUGCUUCAGCCCGAGCAAUUAGCGGUGGGCCUGUCUAUGUCAGUGAUGAGCCGGGGAAGCACAACUUUGAGCUCCUCAAGAAGCUGGUGCUGCCCGAUGGGUCGGUGCUCCGAGCCUGCUUGCCAGGCCGGCCUACCUGUGACUGCCUGUUCUGUGACCCGGCCCGAGAUGGUGUUAGCCUGCUGAAGAUAUGGAACAUGAACAAGUACACAGGAGUCCUAGGAGUCUACAACUGCCAAGGAGCAGCAUAUAACCUUGUAGAGAAGAAGAACACAUUCCACGCAACCGUGUCCGAGUCCAUCACGGGCUACAUCCGAGGCCGGGAUGUCCACCUGAUCAGUGAGGCCUCCACGGACUCUGCUGAGUGGACCGGUGAUUGCGCUGUCUACUGCCAGAGGAGCGGUCGACUCAUCAUCCUGCCUUUCAACGUCUCAAUGCCCGUGUCCCUGAAGGUCCUCGAGCACGACAUCUUCACGGUCACUCCUGUGAAGGUCUUGGCCCCUGGGUUCAGCUUUGCCCCGAUCGGGCUGAUUGACAUGUUCAACUCAGGCGGGGCCAUCGAAGGGCUGAAGUACGAAGUCAAAGGAGGGGCCAAGUUAUCCGAGUUGGAGGAUGGCGAUGAAGGGACAGGUCCGGGAGUGAAGAGAGUGGAGAAUCGCAGCAAUGAGCUGGUAGGAGUUGUUCACGUCGAGGUCAAGGGCUGCGGAAGGUUUGGGGCCUACUCUUCGGCUAAGCCGAUAAGGUGCCUUCUGGGCUCGAAAGAGGUGGAGUUUGGGUAUGAUUCAUCAUCCGGUCUGGUGACUUUGGAGUUGGCUCAUUUGCCCGAGGGUAGCCAGAGAGUUCACCUCAUUGAGGUUGAGUUGUGAGUGAGAGCUAAAUUGAUGCUCGAUAUAAUUAAACUCAGGCUCACAUGUUUUUUAGUCUCUUUUCACCACCCAUUUUAAUGGACGAUUCUAUGCAUGUCUGCCCGAGUAAAUCUAACCAUUAAAUAGAUGGGAUCACAACCAGUAUGUAUGGUCAUCCCGUGUGGGUCGUGCAAUAAUCAGCGACAAUGGUUAAGUCAA